CAAAAAGGAAACUGCGCCAAAACAAAAACCCAAAUCCGAGUCGUAUCCACACGCCUACCACCUAAAAACUAUAUAUAAAAAAAAAGGUGCCACCCCCCUCACUUUUAUACAUAAACUAACAAUUUUUUCUGUACUCGAAAAUCAAUCAAAAGCGCCUAAUUCUCCAAAGGUUAGACUGCAACAAUGGCCGAUCCGAGAUCGACCCGAAUCGCAAUAGUAAAUCCUUACAAGUGUCAGCCGAAGAAGUGCAAGCAAGAGUGUAAGCAACGCUGCCCGGUGAAUCAAAUGGGAAAAAUAUGUGUUGAGGCAAAUUCAGCAUCAAGAGUAGCUUUUAUAUCAGAAGAGCUCUGUAUUGGAUGCGGAAUCUGUGUUAGAAAGUGCCCCUUCAAUGCUAUUCAGAUCAUCAAUUUGCCCAGAAGUUUAGACAAGGAAACUACCCAUCGUUAUAGCGCCAACACGUUCAAGUUGCAUAGGUUGCCGGUUCCGAGACCCGGUCAGGUUUUAGGCCUGGUCGGAAAGAAUGGCAUGGGGAAAUCAACUGCCCUCAAGAUCUUGUCUGGUAAAUUGAAACCUAACUUGGGCAGUUUCGGAAACCCUCCUGAUUGGCAAGAAAUUUUGGCUUACUUCCGAGGAUCCGAGCUUCAGAAUUAUUUUACACGUUUCCUGGAAGAAAAGCUCAGGGCAAUCAUCAAGCCGCAGAAUAUUGACUGCAUACACAAAGUUUUGUCCGGGAGUGUCAUCGAAGUGCUCGACGGAAUAGAUGGCGGCAGAGGGCUGAAAGAAAAACUCAUCGAUGAGCUUCAGCUGAACCCGGUUUUGAAUCGUAAUGUGAAGGAUUUAUCUGGUGGUGAGCUACAGAGGUUUUCCAUUGCUGCAGCUGCAUUGUAUAAGAAAGAUAUUUACAUGUUUGAUGAACCCUCGAGUUACCUUGAUGUGAAACAGAGGCUUAAAGCUGCUCAGGUGAUUCGAUCUUUGCUCCGGCCUGAUAAUUUCGUUAUCGUUGUGGAGCAUGAUCUGAGCGUGUUGGACUAUAUGUCUGACUUCAUCUGUUGUCUAUACGGGAAGCCAGGCGCAUAUGGUGUGGUUACACUGCCAUUCUCGGUUCGAGAAGGAAUCAAUGUGUUCUUGUCUGGAUUUAUUCCCACUGAAAAUAUGCGGUUCAGGGAUGAGUCGUUUACUUUUAAGGUCGUCGAGACUCCCCAGGAACGUGCUGAGGAAAUUCAAGCGUAUGCGCGGUACAGGUACCCGACCAUGACUAAAACUCGGGGCGAUUUCAAACUUAAGGUUGUUGGGGGUGAAUUUACUGAUUCUCAGAUUGUGGUCAUGCUUGGUGAGAAUGGUACUGGCAAAACCACAUUUAUUAAGAUGUUGUCUGGUCAACUGAGGCCUGAUGAAGUAGAGGGUGAUGAUGUUAAAAUCCCAAAAUUUAAAGUAUCUUACAAAGAACAGAUGCCAAGAUUCAAGGGCGAGGAAAUUGUGCUCAACCUGUUGACUGAAAAUAUAUCUGGUUCAUUGUAUGACCCUCAGUUUGUUUCAGAUGUUAUCAAGCCUCUCGAGAUUGAACAAUUGAAGAAUCGAGAAGUGAAGAACCUUUCUGGUGGAGAGUUACAGAGAGUUGCCUUAGCCCUGUGCCUUGGGAAGCCUGCUAAUAUUUACCUGAUUGAUGAACCAAGCGCAUUUCUUGACUCUGAGCUUCGCAUUGUUGCUUCUAAAGUCAUAAAGAGAUUCAUAAUGCACAGAAAGAAGACGGCUUUUGUUGUCGAGCACGAUUUCAUAAUGGCUACCUACCUGGCUGAUCGUGUCAUUGUGUAUGAAGGACAGCCAUCAGUCGAGUGUGUCGCGCAGGCAUCUCAGCCAUUGUCGACAGGAAUGAAUCGAUUCUUGUCCCAUCUUGACAUUACUUUCAGAAGGGAUCCAACCAAUUAUCGUCCGAGAAUCAACAAGCUGAAUUCAACCAAGGACAGGGAGCAGAAGGCUGCAGGAUCAUAUUACUACCUGGAUGAUUAAGUUUCCCCAUUGGUUGACAAAGGCUGCCAACAGUCCUUUCUGAACCCUCCAAGGUGGAUCAAGGAGCAUCGCACUGAGAGGGGCAGUGGCGCCGUUGAAGACUGGUUCGGCCUCGUUGGAAAUAAGACUGGACUUUGCUGAUGGGAGGUAAUGGAGUUACUGAUUUUUUUCUGGUUACAUAUGAAGUCAAAAUUGCAUUUUAAAAGCUUCAUUGAAUGCAUUGUAGAAGUUGCAUUUUAGUUCCAGGGAAGCCCGAAAAACUAAGAUUCCUCAACCUGUUGUGAUCUGCGAGUGUGGCGGUUUUGUUUCCGGGUGAAAUAGCAUUUUCUUCUUCUUCAGCUGGUAAAAGAAAGAUGGAUUAAGUUGAUUCUAAUGUGAACUUUCAGGAUCACCAUUUGGUUAAACGACUGAGGAGUUCAUCGGGCAGAAGCAUUCAAAUGCAGAAAGGAACUCAGAGACUCCUGAAUAGGCAGACUACAUAAGAGGAACUUGCCUUCCGCCGCCGCCUUCAUCAGCUCAGUUCCUGUUCUUGCAAGUUAUUUUAAUUUGUAGGCAGUGAUUGAAAUGUUAGAUAGAGAUUUAUUUUUAUUGCCUCCCUAAACAGAGGCUAUUCUUUACUUUGCGCUUUAUUUUGUGAUGCUGCACAUUUUGUCAUUAUUUCAUCAAUGUGAUCUUAUUGCCUCAAUAUUUUUCCGUCGAGAAUCGUAGGAGG